UUUGCCCUUUCCCAUCCUCUUGAAAAGCAAGCAACUCACCAAGAUUUUCUCCACUAAUCAAUAAUGGCAAUAAUGCUUUUCCUCUCCCACCUCCUCCUCUUACUUCUGCAAUUCUCUUCCUCUUUAGCUUAUUCUCCUCCUGAUAAGUAUUUCCUCAACUGCGGAUCAAAAUCCGACACCGAACUCAUCAACAAACGACGCUUCAUCGGCGACGCCAAGGACGGUGGUUGGUCGAUCAACCCCGGAAAAAGCAAAGUAGUUGAGAACAACACCAUCCCAACAUCAAUAAAUGAAAUAUACCAGACAGCAAGAAUUUACAAGAAGCCAACAUGGUACGUUUUUGGGAACAUCAAUCCAAAUGGAACGUAUGUGGUUCGUCUCCAUUUUUUCCCAACUUUACCUCAAAUUAUGUCUCAAGCUCGGUUUAACGUGUCAGCUAGUUGUGGGUUUCAGUUGUUAUCCAAUUUCUCAGUUGAAAAUGAUUUGAAGACACCAAUUGUUAAGGAGUUUUCUUUUGAGGUUAAAGAAGGGCCAUUUGGCAUACAAUUUUCUCCUGUUGAAUCGUCUUUGGCUUUUGUGAACGCCAUUGAAGUCUUUCUUGCUCCUGAGGACUUGAAACCAGACUCGGCUUACCCUCUUUCCCCAGAAGUAAGAAUGAAUACUACAAAUUAUAUGUUGACUUCCCAGGCAUUCCAAGCAGUUUACAGAAUGUGGAUGGGUAAUUUCUCGAUCACUCCAGACCAUGACACAUUAUGGAGAACCUGGCUCCCAGAUUCUAAAUUCAUGCCUCUUCCAUCCCCUGCAAAAUCCGUCACCUUCAACGGAAAAUUAAGCUACAAUGAACAAUUAACAACUUAUAUAGCCCCAAGUGACGUUUACGCUAAUACAAAAGCAUUGGAUAUGAACACCACGACCAACUCAAGAGAUUCAGCUCUAACUUGGGUUUUUAAUGUGAAGAAGAAAUCCAAGUAUUUUCUUCGCUUAAUCUGGUGCGACAUCGUCUCACGAUCCACAACCUUCAAUUUUGUUAUAUCUAUCGGCGUUAAUGAAACCUCGCUCAGUUCCAGAGUAGUAACUGAACUAAAUGAGUUUGCAAUGCCAUUUUGGUACGAGUUUAUCGUUGUUACAGACAAUUCAGGAUUCUUCAAUGUGGGUAUAGCACUCGAUAAAAACGAUCCAUUUUCAAGGGCAUUCUUGAACGGAGUUGAGAUUAUGGAGUUGAUUGAGAAAUCGUUUGUGGGUGUUGUUGAUUUGAGGUUGAAUGAAGAGAAACAGAGUCCAAAGAUGAUUAUUGUUGGGGUUUGUGUUGGUGGGAUUGUGAUUGUUGGGCUGGUAAUUGGGUUGGCUUUGUUUUGUUUUGUUAAAGGUCAGAAAUCAAGAAGGCAUCGACCUUUGCUUGUUCCUCAAGAUGAUCCAUCGUCGGAGAAGAUUGUGUCCAUUGCGGAUCUUGCUCCUAAUUUGAACAUUGAAUGGAAGAUUCCAUUUAGGGAAAUAAAUGAUGCAACUGAUGGUUUUGAUGAGAAGAAAAUGAUUGGUAUUGGAGGAUUUGGAAAGGUUUAUUUUGGGAGAAUUAGGGGCAAGGAUGUUGCUGUGAAGCGAAGUCUACCUGGACAUGGACAGGGCAUUAAGGAGUUUCAAACAGAGGUUAUUAUUUUUUCUGAAAUACGAUAUCGUUUUCUGGUUACCUUAUAUGGGUAUUGCGACGAAAACCAAGAGAUGAUCCUGGUUUACGAAUACAUGGAGGGGGGUACUUUAAAAGAUUAUUUAUACGGUUCAAAGGCCAAAGAUCGUGUUCCUUUGUCAUGGAAAAAACGGCUUGAAAUCUGUAUCGAUGCAGCAAAAGGCCUUGAUUAUCUACAUACCGACUCGACCGCCGGCGUUAUCGUUCACCGGGACAUUAAAACCACAAACAUCUUGCUCGACAAAGACAUGAAGGCAAAGGUCGCUGAUUUUGGCAUAUCGAAAACUGGAGUACCCGGCACCAAAGAAUUAGACAUCACCAUUAAAGGCACUUUAGGAUAUAUGGACCCUGAAUGCUUCAACACCGGAAAGUUUACAGAGAAAUCCGACGUCUACGCAUUUGGCGUCGUGCUGUUCGAAGUUCUCUCGGCUAGAGCACCGAUCGAUAAGACCCUUCCAAGCGAAGAGACGAACUUAGCGGAUUGGGCAGUUCUAUGCAAAAGUAGAGGAGAGAUUGAGAAAGUGAUUGAUCCCUUUCUCGUGGGAACAAUUGAAGGGAACUCGUUGAGGAAAUAUGUGGAAGUUGCAGUGAGAUGUGUGGAUGAAGUUGGGGCGAAUAGGCCUUCAAUGCACGACGUAGUGUAUGAUUUGGAAUUGGCUUUGCAGUUUCAAUUCACGCCUGUGGGGGAUGGCAAAGGUUAUGAAGGGAUUAGCACCACCAUUGUUGAAGCUCCAUGGGAGAUUGAUUCGGGCAUUCUUGAUCGGAUUCCUUCUAAAGGGAUUGAUGAUUCAGUCAUGCUACAGGAGGAUAGCACCACUGUGCGUGCUAGAGAAUUGGCUGCAGAGUUUAAGAUUGAUUGUCCUAGAUGAUUUGAUUUCAAAUGUGCGAGUUUAAAUUUGCUUCGCUCAUUGAUGGUUUUUAGUCAUCCUGUGAUUGUAUUGUGUGUAUUAUAUUGUAUGGCAUGCAGCUAAGACGUUUAGAGGGUCAUUUGAUGCACAAGUUUGUAAUCUUAAGUCUGUAAAGUCUAGUAGUUAAACUAGGAGUUUAGAUAAUCGGACUUAAUUGUGUAUGUUUAUAAAUUUAAUUUUAAGUUUACGUUUGGAUUGCAGGUUUAAGAAGUCUAACUUGGGUUCAUUUGAUCCUAUUGUAAAUGUGUGGCACUUGUGUCUUCAUAUAUUUUGAAAUAUAAGUGAGAAAAUUAGAGAUAAA